AUGUAUCUUUCAUCGUAUCUAUCUCAGUCACUCUCACUUGUUUUUUGUCCGUAUCUAUCUCAGUCUCACUCUCUCUAUAUAUAUUUCUUUGUCCGUAUCUAUCUCAGUCUCACACUCUCUAUAUAUAUUUCUUUGUCCGUAUCUAUCUCAGUCUCACUCUCUCUAUAUAUAUUUCUUUGUCCGUAUCUAUCUCAGUCUCACACUCUCUCUCUCUAUUUCUUUGUCCGUAUCUAUCUCAGUCUCACACUCUCUCUCUCUAUUUCUUUGUCCGUAUCUAUCUCAGUCUCACACUCUCUCUCUCUAUUUCUUUUUCCGUAUCUAUCUCAGUCUCACACUCUCUCUCUAUUUCUUUGUCCGUAUCUAUCUCAGUCUCACACUCUCUCUCUCUAUUUCUUUUUCCGUAUCUAUCUCAGUCUCACACUCUCUCUAUUUCUUUGUCAGUAUUUAUCUCACUCUCUCUUUAUUUCUUUGUCCGUAUUUAUCUCACUCUCUCUCUUUCUUCAUAAUCUAUCUCACUCUCUCUCUUUCUUCAUAAUCUAUCUCACUCUCUCUCUUUCUUCAUAA